AAGUGGCCAAAACAAACGCAUAGUCAAUAAAAUAAGUGAACAUCACUGUAAAAACUUGAAGGAAAUACCGACACAGAAGUCUAAUACCACGAUUCAAAAAUAAUAACUCAAAGUUAUCCUGUUCCGGGGUCUCGACAUCUUUCUUCUUACGUGUUCGUUCUUCGUUCUGCCAUUACCUACAUUGGUAGCUGAGAGUGCAGAAAGGAAUCAGAAUUCAUCUCGGAGAGCUGUAGCAAACAACGGUUGAUAAUUUAACGAAAAAUGACAGAUUCUAUGAAAUUCGGGCCAGAAUGGUUGCGCAACAUGUCGGCGGAACCUUCAAGCGCGAGUAACAAUGUGGCAGGUGGUGGUGUAGGCAGCGGCGGUGCAUCUGGGAGCGGCGGCGGCACAGCCAACAGCAGCUCCUAUUCAGCACACAACAGUAACAGCGGCAGCACCGGUGGCAGCAGCAACAGCAACAGUGGCGGACUCACGCCGGCAGCUAGGAACAUGUUCCCUGAAUACCGUUAUGGACGCGAAGAGAUGCUGUCGCUCUUCGAUCGGAGCUGUUCUCUACCCCAGAUUUUGCCGACAUUCAAGAAAUUGUUUAUAGACAAGGUGCAAUAUCCACUAGCCCUUACUCCUAGUUCAGAGGAUGAUGUUAACAGUCAAGCGCCGACCGCAAGCAGCUCGCGUCCCGCCUGGUUGCAGCGCUCAACAGGCGGAUUUGGCACGGUUUCGCGAGGCGCCGGACGUGGUGGUGCCGUGGAUCGAGGACGAAUGCGUGGCAAAUCCGUAUACCAUCCCAUAUUUCAAAGACCUAGUACUCUCUAUGACGAUGGAUUACCGGGGGCAUCGAUGAAGCCCGAACGUAAUUGGACUGAGCGCAAUGGCACUGGCGACACUUCGACGCUGGGCGCAGCAGCUGGUGGCCUAGGCAUGGAUUGGAACGGAACCCCGAGUUCAAGUCCGCGGAAAGAGUUCUCCAGUCACCAUCGGAACAUGGAGAACUGGCGCAGGAAUCGAAGCGAAGACGGUUCUGGUGAUGGGCCUACGGGAAGUGGUGUGUCCGGCACCGAUGGUUGGCGCAGCGGUGGUGGAAAUGGCGGGUUUGCCAACAGUAAUCAUCGUUGGGGUCGGUCAACGAGUUGGCGUGACGAGGAACCGGUACAAGGGGCUGGCCUUGAAGUCUCUGGCUUUGUAGGCGGCGUUAAUAUACAGCGUUCCUUUUCGACAAUUGGAACGGUCGGGCCAGAACGAAGUGGUGGCAAUAAUAAAAUGGCGACUGGUGCACCUAGUGGACGCCAGAUGGUCUCAAAGAACAACCAAUCCUGGUCUAGUGCCAAUGUUAGUGGUCCAGAUGCCGAGGACAAUUUGCCAGAAUGGGCAAUGGAGAAUCCCUCCGAGGUGGGAGGCACCUUUGACGCCAGCGGUGCCUUCCACGGCGAGAGCGGCGAUGAUGAGGGCCAUAAGAUCGAAAAUCAAUCACGCAAUCAAUCCGAUUCGAAUGUGUUAGAUGCUUCAUCAAAGGAGGCGUCGGAUGGUUUGGCGGCCACCGAUGAUGGCAACCCAAAAACAUCGUUUGACGUCGAACUGAGCACUGCAGACACAUCAAGCAACAGCCUGUCCGAGCCGCCUCAUUCCGUUACUCCUAAUAGCAACAAAGUGAAACCACCAGAGCAUCAUCCACCAAAUAUAGCCAGUGUCAAUAAGGAUUCAAGUGAGGCCAUCAAAAAAUCUGAGGAGACCAAAUUGUCUGGUGGAUUGCCCAGUGAUGCACCAGCAGCCCGGCCUCGACCCACUACGCCAGAACUGGCAACUACCGCACACGCCGUUCGGAGGGCUGGCGUCCACAAUGACAUAUCGGAUCGUUUCAAAGAUGUGGUUGUCGAAGUAGAGAAACUGCUGGACGAUGAGCAGAAGCUACAAAAUCAGAACGAUUGCUUCUCCGAUGGACCGCCCAUAGUGCCGGUAACAGCGGGGGGCAUUGGUGGCCGCUUUACCGAAUUGCCGGUACUGUCAGCCAUGAAUAUAAAACCAAAUUCGGGUCUGGAACCGAGUCGUCAACAACCCCAGCAUCCGGAUGCCGCAGCCCCCAACUCGGUACUUGGCGAGCUUGGGCAUCAAUUGGCAAUGCAACAACAUCUGCAUCAGCAACAACAUAUUAAUCCAACGGUAGUGCUGCCUCCGCACGUAAUGAAUGCCAAUCCGAAUGAUCUUUGGUUCUACCGUGAUCCUCAAUCAAAUGUACAGGGGCCAUUCAGUGCCAUAGAAAUGACCGAGUGGUAUCGCGCUGGCUAUUUCAAUGAAAAUCUUUCCGUGCGUCGCUUCUCCGACAGCCGAUUCAGACCACUCGGCGAGCUGAUAAAGCUCUGUCAUGGCAACAUGCCCUUCACGCACAGCCAUCUGCUGCCCUCGCCCGUGGAUCUGGAUGCCAUUCCGCUGACGCCGAAUAAACCAAUCCCGCUGUCGUUGAACGAUCAGCAACCGCAGUUACCACAUCCACGUAACGACGAUCAACUUAAGGCCAAUGUCACAGCCGCAGCAGACUCACUGGCCGAUGGCUUAAAGGGACAUGGCAUGAAUCACAUGGAUCUUUCCCACAACCUGACCUUGCGUUUCCAAAUGAUGCAGGAGCAAUAUAUACAGCAUCAGGAGUACCAGAUACAUGCUGAACUGUCGAAAAACGAGUGCUUUCAACGCAUGACGGCAGGUGAACGGGAGGCUUUAGUGCGUCGAAAGGUGCAGACGCUUGUGUUACCCGAAUAUUUAAGCAGUCUCAGUGGCUUAGGUAACUCAUUGGCGGCCCUAAAUCCUGUCGCUUGUGGCCAACUAAACGAUGCCAUUGUGGAGCAAACAAAAAAGCAACAACAGCAGCAACUUUUUGCCGGAGGCAACGGCGAUCAGCAGCAGCGUCAAGCUGGAAACUUUUUGGAGGCUGAUGAUUUCAUACUGAAAACCCAAAUGAUGCAUCAGCAAGCACAAGCUCAAGAACAAGGUCACCAGCAGGAGCCGGUGCCACAAAUGCAGAUGAUGAGUGAUGAGGCCAAUAAGCUGAAUAUUAUGAAUGAAUAUAAUUUACGGAUGCUUCUGCGUGGCGGCCCUAGCGCCGGUAAUUCCGCUGCUCCGCAGCCACAACCCAAACCGAAUUCGAACGAUUACAUAAACGAUUCACCACUGUUGAGUGCUCAGAGCCUUAUGAUGCCAAUGUGGAUGCCACAGCAGCCACAGCAACAACCACAGCCGCAGCCACAAAAUUUGUUGGUUGCCCAGCAACAGCAACAACUCCAGGCCGGACAGCCGUGGUGUGCCCCAACGGGCCAACUAGUCGGCUUGCCCAAUAAAGGCUUGGCGGGCACACUUUGGGAUGUGUCUGCUUUAGAAGAGGAGCAAAAUCAGCAGCUUUUGCAGCAAAAGCGACAGUUAAAUAUGAACGAUAACAAUUCAAAUAAUUUGGGCUUUGAGGCAGCUGCCCAAACUCGCAACAAUCAACGUCAGCCGAAGGAUGUGGCCGCUCUAAUGGGCCAGCCUCAGGGCGCAAUGCCGGACAUUGAGCAGCAGCAGCAUCAGGCGGGCUCCAAUGCACGGAAGGAGGACCAUGCACAGCAACAGAAUAAUCACUCCAAGCAGACGGUAAAUAAACCACAACAACAAAUCUCUGCACAUAAGCAGCAGACAAAGCAGUCAGAGGUGAAGGUGAGCGAGGAGGAACGCCGACGCGAGCAGGCUGAGGAGAAGCGCCGUCUCAAAGAGGAGCGCAAGCGGCAGCAAAUGGAGGAGGAGAAGCGUCGUGCCUUGCAAGCCGAGGAAGAACGCUACCGUCAGAUGCAGGAGGAGAAGGAGCGUCAGCAGCAGAUUCAGGCACAGCGCCGCAAGGCUUUGCUGGGCAAUGCUCCAGGAGCGGGCAACACCAGCACAACUCCUAAGUCGUCUGUUGGUUCCAAAUCAGAAUUGUCUUCGCGGUCGUCUUCUUCCAUCGCGCCCUGGUCAUUGCAGGCACCAAGCCCAAGCACCACCGGUCCAGGCUUGGCCGAGAUACAAAAAGCGGAACGCCGCGAACGUCGCGCCGACCAGCAACGCCAACAGGAACAGCUGGAUAAACAAAUGCGGGCUGCAGCCGCCGCUGCUGAUGCCAGCGAUGCGCUCUUAAAAUGGCAGGCAUCUCCAUCGCCGGCUCCAGUAAUGAGUUUAGCCGAGAUACAGGCCGAGGAAGCGAAGCGUCUAAGCUUGGAGCUUUUGGAGCAGCAGCGUCGUCGUGAGCUCGAGCAGCAGCAGCAGGCUGUGCUGAGCGCCAGUCUUGGCGUUGGUAGUGGAUUAUCAAACAUCUGGAGCAAUACCAAGGCGUGGACUACAACUGGUAAUUCCGUUGUCUCGGCCCAUAUCACUGGCUUCUGGGAUGAGCCAUCCACUUUCGGCUCUCCCGCGGGUAGUGCCGCAGCUGUCGUCGCUGCCGGUUUACAUGGGGCCCAGAAACCGCAGGCCAAGGGGGCUGUUUCCCCGGCCACACGCAACAUACGCAAAAGCCAAACGGUGCCGACAAUGCAGAACGCUUUGGCAAAGAACGCCGCCCCCUCCAAGGCUGUGGCUAGCGCUCAACCAGUGCAGCAGGACAAACAGGGGAAAGCGGCACCCAGCAAGCCGCCAAAGGCCGCCGAUGACAAGAAGGCUAAUGCUAAAGGCCAACAAGGAAAUGACGCAGCCGCCAACAGUAAGGUUAGCGAAUAUGAAAACGAGUUCACUAGCUGGUGCAUGAAGAGCCUGGCCAACAUGUCGGCUAAAGUAGAUGUCCCUACUUUUGUAACCUUUCUUCAAGACCUUGAAGCACCCUACGAGGUGAAAGACUACGUUCGCAUUUACCUGGGUGAGGGCAAGGAGUCUUCUGACUUUGCUAAGCAAUUUCUGGAACGCCGCAGCAAGUAUAAAAAUCUGCAGCGCGCACAAAACGCCCACAAUGAUGAUAUGUGCAAACCGGCUCCGGCCAUAACUCCAUCUGGUAACGACAAUUCUGAUAGCAAGAACAAGCAGAAGAAGGUCAAAAAGAACAAAAUGACCAAGAUGGACGCUCGAAUUCUUGGCUUUUCCGUUACUGCUGCUGAAGGGCGCAUAAAUGUCGGUGUUCGGGACUAUGGCGAUGGACCGUAACCACAACUGUUACAAAGAACAAGAUAAACUUGAAUUGAGAUGCAGUUCAACCCGAAAUUAAAACUGUUAUUAAUAAAACGCGUAUAUAUACGCUGAAUUGUAUUUUCAAAA